CUCCGGAGGAUAAACACAAAGCCAGAUUCCGCGACAGACGCUGCCGCACUUUCCCAAAUUGCAAUCCCCGUCAGGAGAGAGAGACGGAGGGAGGGAAUAGAGAGGGAUACAGAGAGAGAGAGAGAGAGAGAGGAGGGGGGACUGCAGAACAUACAGGCUCUGGAUGAAUAACCAUGGCAACAGCAGCAGCAGCAGGAGAAGCGGUGAUAUAAACAUUGCAAACCGCGCAUCCCUCCGCAAACAGCGGCUCACUCACUGAAGGCUGGACCCGAACCCUCUGCGGAUAUUACGCUUCAUCACUGCUAAGGUGAUGAGUGGGAUUAUAUCAUGUCUGAAGUACAGGGAACACUGGAGUUUUCUGUAGAGUUGCACAAGUUUCACAAUGUGGAUCUCUUUCAAAGGGGGUUCUACCAGGUACGAGCAGGGCUCAAAGUCUCACCUCGAGUGCCCCACAGGUUGAUAGCGACAACACAAGACAAUACAGGAGAAUGCAGCUUCAGCUCUGCGGGGGUCUACGACGGCACCGUGUUCAGCCGGAUCUUCCAGAUCCUUUACAGAAAUGAGGAGAUUACGGUGAAUGACUGUAUGAUCUUCAAAGUCCACCUGCUGUUGGACGGAGAAAGGGUGGAGGAAGCCUUGAGUGAGGUGGACUUCCAGUUGAAGCUGGAUCUUCAUUUCACCGACAAUGAACAACAGCUGGCAGAGAUAGCGACUGUCCCGUUGAUCAGCAGUCGGACACUCAGCCUCCACUUCCACCCGCGGAGAGGCCUCCACCACCACGUCCCUGUCAUGUUCGACUACUUCCACCUGUCUGUCAUUUCUGUCUCCAUACAUGCUUCACUGGUUGCCUUACAUCAGCCGCUAAUCAGCUUUGCACGUACAGGGAAGGGCUCCUGGCUGGGGAAGGGCUCGCCAGAGAGCCCGAGCGACCCAUCUGCCAUGUCUGUAGAGAACCUUGUGUUCGGAGCUGGCUACUGCAAGCCUGUCAUCUCUGAGGGGAGCUUUUAUGUGCCCAGUGAAAACUGCCUGCAGAGAGCUCACACGUGGCACCGAAGGCUCUGUCGCCUCCUGUUGGUCGCACACAGGGGCCUGCACACCUACCACUCUGCACUGAUGAAGGAAAUCCCACAGCUCCAGCAGACUCCGCUGGAGUCAGACGUGCUGCCUGUAGAAGAAACUCUGAAUCAGCUCACAAUAGAGUUACAGCUGCAGGAAGGCCACGAGAGGGUAGCGGAGCAGAUCAGCAGGGACGUGAGCCAGCUCUGCUCCCAGCUGGCUGCUCUUUGGAGCCGCUUCCUGGAGGCCGCUGUGCUCAACCCCCACAUCCUCUCCUAUCUGGCCCAGGAGCACCAUACGCUCAGGGUCAGGAGGUUCUCAGAGGCGUACUUCUUCACCGAACACCCCAAAGAGAUAUCUCUGACUUUUCAAGAGGAGCUAAUCAACAGACAUGGCCAGAUAGCUGGAGAAGUGCGGAGCUCAGACUACCUGACCAAGAUGCCUCCUUUACCUGUUGAGUGCCUGGACAUCGACGGAGACUGGAACAGCCUGCCCAUCAUCUUUGAGGACAGAUAUGUAGAGUCUCCUCAAACAGAGUGGGUAUCACAUGUGCCAACCACUGACGGGCAGACCAACUCAGGUCCCGCCAUCACAAAUGCCAAUGGGAUUUUUGAAAGCAGCCAGGGAGCCAGAUCACCAGCAAUACCCCAGGAUCCCUCGGACAGCGAUGACUGCAUGGACCUGCCCACAUAUGUCUCACUCAUGGCACAGCAGAGUAAGAGAGGCACCAACAUAAGAAUUACACAGAACCUCAUUUCUACUGAGGACAGUGUUGAACCGUCUCUAGCAGAGGAAGAGGACAUGAAGGAACCGGAGAAAAAACAACAUCCGGCUGAUGAGAGCUGUGAUCCAGGCCUGACGUACAUCACAGUUAAGCCUUGUGAUGUUGAUCCAUGUAGAGGAGAAACAGUCCUGGUUCUCUCCUCAAACCAUAAUCCCAUCACUGACUCUAAUAACAGCAGUGAUGAGUCCCCUGCUCAUCGUUUAAGAGAAAGUCCCGUCCAACUUUGUGAUGCCGCUAAUGAUAAAAAUGCACAAGAGAGUGAAAACAAUGAAGAGGAGUCUGAUAUUGCCAUGCCAUUAAAUCACUCCAUGGAUGAUGAGAGCGAGGAGGUUCCUCCCAUCAGCCUGCCCACUGUCCACGCGCAUCCUCCUUUCCCUGGUGAUCUCAGAAAAGAGAUGAGCCACCGUGGAGGCCUGGUUGGCUCCAAGAUCAUGAAGCGCUCAUCCUCUGUUAUUUCCGACUCAGGUAUUGAGAGCGAGCCCAGCUCGGUGGCCUGGCCCCUGGAGGUCGCGCUGCGAGGCCGACCUCCUCUGGACUUCUCCAGCGAACGGGAGAUCCCCCAGCAGAUAGUGUGUCGCCACCCGGUCCACCGCAGCUCUCUGGAGGGCCUGCAGAUGGAGAGCAAUGGUAGCCUUCCAAGUGGAGGUAUCCAGGCCUCGCUCACCUCUAUUAGCUCCCUGCCCUACGAGGAGGACCAGCAGCAGAGGCAGCUCAGCAAACUGACCAAGUCGGUCUCUGCACCACAGAUAAGCAGCCCUGAAGACACUGAGGAAGACCAUGUGCAGCUCAACCAGGCGACAGAUGCUAAGAGCUUAGCGCAACACCAGGAUUCAGUGAAGAUCAACUGCUCUUCUUUGAACAGCAACAUGGACUCAGAGCAAUCUGAAUCAUCUUUAUUAGAUUCGAGUUCAAUGGCAAAUCUUGGCCACGUCGUCACAGAGAAUAUUUGCUCUGAGAAGUCAAACCCUCCACAGUACCUGUCAGAGACAUACAAGACCAAGUCAGUGUUAAGUGAUGUGUCUGAAGUGUUGCUUUUACAAGAGUCUGCAGAGAGCCGGCAUGUGAAGGAAAGCACUGUUAUUGGCAGCCAGGGGGAGAAUGUGAACCAUCAAACACACAUCAGUGGAGUAAGCGCCUCAGUAGAGGAUGUGCAUCUCGUUGAAACUGUAGCAGUGCCCUGCAGCUGCGGAAACAAACCAUGUGUGCAUAAAAGUGCAGCAGCUCAGGAGAGAAUUAACACUGAAGAUGACUGCCAAAGUUUCCAUCACACCAAACUGCUUAGUGUCGAAGACCAGGAUUGUCUAGAUCCCUCCCGAACACCUCUAGAGCCUUCAGGGCUUCAACACAUCAAUGACCUCCCCAGCAGCAGCACUACGCAGAGGCCGAGUGACCUUACAGGGUUGAUAGCCAAUGAUAUCACAUCACCUGUUGACCUUGAAGGCAUAUCAGCCAAUGAGAAAGAGCCUUUAGACUGCCAGACUAAGCCCUCUAAGAUCCCCAACUCAGGGCUGGCCUUUGUGAAUAAGAAGAUGGUGGAGGUGGUGAACAUGUCAGUGUCCUGUGCCCCGACCUGCCUGCCAUUUUCCUCUGUCCUGAGAGACUCUCCAUCCAUCAGUGGAAUGUCCGCUCGCCAGGCUACCUCACCUAUUACCCAUCAGCCCCUGGGGUCCUUUGGUAUCAUCUCCUCGUCUUCGCUCAAUCCCCUGAACAUGGACGACGAGACCAAUGAACGAAUGCUAAAUUUCUACAAAGCCAAAGAGGAGCUGCUCAAAGAGUUGAGCUUUCAGGCCAGCUUGUACAGUGACCUUCCUCUCCUGGCAUCAGAUCUGCCCUACUUCCCCCCUGAGGAGGACGACGAGGAGUUUGAUGACGGCAUACACCUUGUGGUGUGUGUACACGGGCUUGAUGGAAACAGCGCAGACCUUCGGCUGGUGAAGACUUUCAUCGAGUUAGGACUGCCAGGGUCCAGGCUCGACUUCCUCAUGUCUGAAAGGAACCAGACUGACACGUUUGCAGAUUUCGACACCAUGACAGACAGGCUCCUGGAUGAGAUCAUUCAGCAUAUCCAGCUAUACAACCUCACCAUAGGCAGGAUAAGCUUCAUCGGCCACUCUCUGGGGAACAUCAUCAUCCGCUCUGUGCUGACGAGGCCUCGCUUCCGCUGCUAUUUGCCCAAACUGCACACUUUCCUCUCGCUGUCAGGCCCACACUUGGGAACGCUGUAUAACAACAGCACAUUGGUCAGCACAGGUCUGUGGUUAAUGCAGAAGCUGAAGAAAUCGGGAUCCUUGCUGCAACUCACCUUCAGAGAUCACGUUGAUCCACGGAAAACAUUCCUCUAUCUCCUGAGUCAGAAACCAGGGCUCCAGUUCUUCAAGAAUGUGGUGUUGGUGGCGUCUCCACAGGACCGUUAUGUUCCUUUCCACUCGGCCAGAAUAGAGAUGUGCAAAACCGCUCUUAAAGACAGGACCACAGGGCCUGUGUACACUGAGAUGAUCAACAACCUGCUGCAGCCACUUGUGGAGGCUAAAGAGUGCCGGCUGAUCCGCCAGAACGUGUUCCACGCUCUGCCCAACACAGCCAACACCCUGAUCGGCCGCGCCGCCCACAUCGCUGUCUUGGACUCUGAGCUCUUCCUGGAGAAGUUCUUCCUGGUGGCAGGGCUCAACUACUUCAAGUAAAGGUGCUAGUGCUGCAGGCUUACAGGACAGAACCUGUUGGAGGCUGAUGGAGCUGAUUUGGACGAUAAGGUCCUUACCUUCAUUUUGUAAAGUAAAUUUAAUGUAUAUAAUCCCUGGUAUCCAAGAGGCAAGGCCUGUAUAUCCCACUUGUUAGGACUGUAAGCAGCUGUAAAAAAGAUCAGUGUAUUGUGACUGUUGAAAAAUGCUAACUCAGACGUCUGAGUUUGACGUGUAGCCAUGCAAAACAAAACAUCUGACAUCCAUCACAGGAUUGAUUGUAGAUGUUUUAUGGCCUUAUUAAUAACCAGAGUCAGCCAGAACACUAACAGAUGCUAAUCGUGGUCGAAAGCAUUUAACUACUUUCCCUUUAGAGUUGGUUUGAAGCCUUCGGUAUGAGUGGUUGAUUGAAUUCUUCUAUAAGGGUUGGACCGAUGAUAGUUUGAAUCUAUCCUUCGAGCCGAGGCAAUAGAUGGGCAGCAUUUAUCCCCUUGAUUGUACAUGAAGUAUUUUGUUGUACAAAACAUAAAUGUUCCUUUAUACAAAAAUGAAUAUAUUGUUUAAAGUUAUUUAUUUUUUAUCUGCGUAUGUAUCCACAGUGUAAGUAAUCCAUCUAAAUGUGAUCUUUUGUGUGUCCUUGUCAUCAAAUCUAUCAAAUGAAAGUAAACCAAGAAGGCGGAAGUGUAACCCCAAUGAAGCCCUAUAAGUCAGUACACUGAAUUCAGAGUACUGCUGUAGGUAGACAGCUAGUUAGCAGGACAUGCCAACAUUUGCAGCUGAAGGUAAACUUUUGCUCUUGUGUGUUUUUGGUUUUGGAAAGUCUAAAAAAGACACCACUAUUGAAACUAUUAGAACACCGAGCAUCUCUCAUAGAGACGCAGUCGUUCCCCUUCCAGUGGACCACAAUGGGACCUUAUUUCUGGAUAAAUCUUUACAGUAGUUAAUGGCGGGAGACAAAUAACUUUUCGAUCCUGUUUGAAUUGUGCUAUGAAUUACACGUUUUUUGUCGAUUUCAAAGAUAAUUUUGCAAGUCAAGAAAGUUGCAGUUCGUCCUAAAACUGCCGAAAAAAUGUAAUUAAAAAGACUAGUCCAUACCCAUUGAGUGCACAGUUGCCCACGUACAGUUUCACAUGGUGUGUGUUUGGGAUACAGGUCAUAGCAAAUUGCAGAUUAAAUAGUCAACUGAACCCAUUAAGAACAGCAAUGUAUUCAGACAGAGUGUUCGCUUCCUCCCAUGUAGUCUCGCCACCAGACAAUCAGAGAUCUCCGGCUCCUGAUAGUCUGGGGACACUCCUUUCUAAAGUGUGUUUAACACACCGGAGAAAACAGCCGAAAGCAACGCCUCUUGCAUUUUUUAAAAGGACACGCCCUCCCGGAAAUGUGCGCUCCCCCUUUUCUCGUCUGCAAGGAAACAAACACACAGAGAGCUUGAAAAUGGAUGCCAAGAGAUUUAACUCUGUUUUAUCAAACGUGUGCUCAGUCCACAAGAUUGUGGAAAUGAAGGACUUACAGCGACUUGAGCCAUUUUGUACCGCUACACGUGUUUCUAGUCGGACUAUGUUUAUGAGCACAAGAGUUCAGCGAGCCACCGAAGGAAAAAUUAUACGGCACAAUUCAAUUCAAUUGUCUCCACUGCACUUUUUUCCUGAAAUAAGGUCUCAUCAGCGACACUAGAAGUGGAGGGACUUCGCCUCUGUGUAGUCCCAUGUCUUCAACAUGUGUAGAAAUCCAAAGCUUGAUGUGCAUAGUUGAGGCUGCUAAGCUGUGAUUGGCAAAUCACUUAAACACAAUUAAGCUAAAUGACUUAUUUUCAUUUUGUUUCUUAAAUCAUGUAACAGGGAGACAGAAAACAGGUACUGAUAUAAUUAACAGUAGAUCUACUGUAUAGGCCUCUAUAACGUGAAAGAAGCUCAUUAUCCAUGACUAUACAGUACAAUCUUAUGGUCUAAUGACCAUUACCUUCCUAAUGAGCCGUUUUAAAUUGUAGAUUAAAAUGGUCUACACAAGGAUAGAUUUCAUAAGGCACUCAUUAUUUUUUUAAAUGGCUUAAAUCAGGGUGUCAUUGCUUUUGUUUUCUGGAAAACUGGAUGAUUUUGCGUAAUACGGACCCACUGCCAAGAUCCCCCUUCAUGUCAUUUUCUACAACUUGAUGCAUGAUGAUAGCAGGGAAAAGCACCGCCGUAGCACACACUGUCUCAUGUUCCUCAACAUAAACAUUGCCAUAUUUGAUCAUCUCAUCAGCAAAAUCAAACAAACGUUGUAUGAUGUUUUUUUUCCUCCUCCACAACCUUUGCUGUCACAUUCAAGCGUGACACGAGAGAGAUGUCGUUUUCCAGCAUACUGAGUGAGGACUGUUUCCUCUUCGCUGAGCUGUCCAUCAAAUGAUGUUUACAUUUUGACAUUAGAGAACUGUUAUCAUGGUGUUGCCACAGACGUCUCAUAUCCAGCGAUGGCUGCGCAUCUGCUGCAUAUGUAGUUAUGUACAUACAGAGAGCUAUAUUUAACCUUUGCACUGGUUCGAUGGCAAGUGCACUUUAUUGACAACCUUGAAUCAACCUCCACUAGCUUUACAAAAUCCAAACAGCUAUUUUUCCUGUGUUCUCUUGGAUUAUACAUGCACUGCUUCUUUAGAUUUGAAGGUUACAUCCUGCAGUUGUUGUAAAAACUGACCACUGCUGUCCGUCCCGGCCACACAAGCAUUGUACCAUCUUCAAAGAGUACAAAAGAUGACAUCGCAAAGUGCUCCUUUUUUUUGUUCCCGAGCUGUUGCCGUGGCGCUGCACAGUAAGCAGUGUGUCACCGUGAUUGACUCUAAUCAAAUGGGCUCCUUCAGGACGCAGAGAUCGUUCUCAAAAAGCCACUAAGCAAAGCUGCGUAAGCAAUCUGAGGGAGCUGCCAUGCAUCAUGCAUCAUUUCUCAGCCUCCCCCACAACACAAACACAUACUGUAUAUGGAUGAGGCUUUAACUUGUUUGCGUUUAGGGCCCUGCGUGUUUACCCAAAGGGGUCAGUGGGAAUCGAUGGAGGGAAAAAGUGUUUGUGGUGUUGAGAUUGGCCCCUUCAAGGACAAAUACAGGUUUGGACUUGUUUCAUGAGAUGGAUGGCUGUGUGCGUCUUGAAGGCACGGUGUUAGAGCAGAAAGAAUUGCAUUUAUAUUGCGCUGAACUCUAUUCUUUAGAGCAAAAUGUGUUUUGUUUUGUGUGUCUAAAUAUGUCUCUGAGAGUGUUAACUGUACAUUUAUGCUGCUGUCAUGACUGAGAGUGAAUUCAGAGGUGAUCCAUAAAUCCAAUAGAUCCUUGCAAGUGCUGUCAACCUUCAAAACUAGCUGACUUGAACCUUUUUGUAUUUGAUUGCCCUUUACUGAGAGUCCUGUUUAUGUGAGUGUGUGUCUGGGUGGAGGAGGGUGUGUGUGUGUGUGUGUGUGUGAAUAUGUGUUAUCAUUGUCUGCUCGUCGCUGAAACAUCCUUCAUGUGUUUGAACUGAAUGUAAAAAGAUGUUUGACUUCACUGUGAGGAACGUGUAUUUAUUUCAUUCUGCACUUCUUUUGCUGAAUGUAUAACAUGUAAAGUACAGUAAAUACUACUUCAUCUGUGCCAAUACUACUCUAAUAUUUUUCUAUGUUGCUGACUGUACUGUAUGUAUUCCUUAGUAGCUUGUGUUCUAUGUAAAAAUAU